GUUUAUCUAAAGAAACAACGGCUAAAGUUACAGGAGUCUCACACAGACUGUCUGCAAACUUUACUCAGCAGCUCUCUUUCUGUUUUUCUUUCUCUCUGUUUGUCUGUUUCUGACCUUGAAAACGCUUCAUCAGAUGUUGGAUGUGCUGAUAGUUGGAGCAGGACCUCAUGCUCUCAUAUUGGCUACCCUGCUUAUGAACCCCAAUCAACAUGUCAACUCCUCCAGUCCAGAAAUCCUCCAGGGGGUACAGCUGAGCAAGACAAAUCCCAAGAACGGACAGACCAAGAGCAAGAAUAGAUCUGUUGAUACACUGUCUGAACUACACAAAGACCCAAAAUGUCCACCAUGUCCUCCUUUGAUUUUCAAGGUGGUGGAUUCUUAUGGAGAAUGGGCUUCCCUAUGGGAGAGCCAGUUCACAACACUCAAUAUCCCUCACCUUCGCUCACACAUGCUGGUGCACACUAACCCUCUUAAUAAGAAAGCCUUACAAGAGUUUGUGCUGGCAGAGGAUCGUCUAGCUGAGCUUCACUCGCUCCCUGAGAAGGUCUACAUUCAGGACAAGAAUGCAUUCUUUAACGAUGGACGCCUUGGAAAGCAAAACAGCAAGCUUCUCAGUGCUGCUAAAGGCCUGCAGAAAAACUUAUAUUUUAGUUUGCCGGGGACUCAGCUCAGUGUGGACUUCUUCAAGGAUCAGGUGCGCAGUUACAACCUGGACCAUGUCCUUAUCAAAGGCACUGUGGACAGAAUUACUCCAUUACUUUCUGGAAAAGAAAAGAAGGUAGAAUUCUUUCAAGUGACUCUGGACACCGGGGACACUAUUGAGGCCAAAAGAGUGGUAUUAGCCACAGGACCCACCAGAGAACAGAUGGCAAAUAUCCCUCCAUGGGUGAGAGCAAUCACAGAGAGUUACCCUGAAGAGAGGUUGCAGCACACAGUGGAACUGAUGCACCACCUCGCUCAACAUAAAUCUGAAGGCAGUCGCUUUACAGGUCCACCUGCUGUAUGCCACAGGAACCAGAGGGUCAUGGUGAUUGGUGGAGGUCUGAGCAGUGCCCACAUUAUCUCUAUGGCUCUGCAACAAGGUGCAAAUGAAGUGACCUGGGUCUUGCGGAAACAUGUACAGCUUAAGCAGUUUGAUGUUGGAGAUGUUGAGAGUCUGAUUGGCCGUUACUCACACAUUGAGCAUGGCAUCAAGCUGGAUGGCCUGGCCUACCUGCGGCAGUUCUAUGGAGAAAGGAGCCUACACAGGAGGCUAGCAAUGAUUAAACAGGCACGUAAAGGGGGAGCUGUGACUCCAGAGGCUUAUGCACAGCUGCAGCCUUUCAUUCAGUCAGGGCAGCUGCUUGUCAAGGCAUAUUGCCAGGUGACUGAAGCAGUUUGGUGCUAUGAAACUCAGAAGUGGAAGGUUUUCCUGGAUGAUAAUGGUGAAAAAUGGACUGGUGACAGGAUUUGGCUUGCAACUGGCUGCAAGCUAGAUGUUAAUCAAGACCCCUUACUCUCAGACAUCAAGAAGCAUUUCCCAGUUCAGGUGCUUGAAGGAUGGCCAUGUAUCUCAGAGACUCUCCAGUGGGCUCCUGCAUGUCCAGUUUAUCUGAUGGGGCAGUAUGCAGCACUUCAGGUCGGUCCCCAUGCUGUGAACCUUGCAGGGGGUCAGGCAGCAGCUUUCCGCAUUGCCAAGGAUAUCAUAGAUGAACAUAGCAGGAAAAAAAAGAACACAGAAAACAACAAAGUGGAAAAGACACAAACUGAGGAGUACAUUUCCCACAUGCAUGGCCUUAUGUGGCUAUGAUGCUUCUUUCACAUGUUUUUGCCGCAGAAAACAUGCUGGCAUUUCAUUUCAAGGCGUUUGCAUUGUACAUGAUUGUAAUAUCUGGCCAGAAUGAAGCUACCAUGGCCAUGUUUGGACACUGUGCCAAUAUUCAUAUUUUGAUGGUAUUUACAUGCAUUUAAUGAGCAUAAUGGAAUUAACUUUCAGCCACUCAUAUCGCAGCAUCACAAUGCAUAAUGUUAUGCAAAUAUAUAUCGAGCUAUGUGUAAUGAUAGCAAAAUGAAGCUUUCCUCCCAAAUGCAUCAGAAAAAGGUUCAUUUAAACACAUUGUGCACUAGUGGCACCUGGUGGUCAAAGGGAUAAAGGAUUAUCUAUUGAAGUAUUAAAUGCAUGAUAACAAGAAGUAAUGCUGUGUAUUACUUAAUAAAGCAUAAGA